AUGAGGAGCAACAACAGCCUGAAUCCUCUCUACUUUCAGUUCACGGUGUUUACAGACCAGGGGCCUCUCAGAUAUCUGUCCUUCUGUCUGUGUCUGGUAACAUACAUGAUUAUAAUCUGUUCUAACGCCAUCAUUAUUCUGUCAGUGUGUGUGGAGAAGUCUCUGCAUCAGCCCAUGUAUAUAUUUAUCUGCUGUCUGUCUGUGAACUCUCUGUACGGCUCAGCUGCCUUCUUCCCCAGGUUUCUGAUGGACAUACUGUCUGACACUCAUUUCAUCUCACGUCCGUUCUGUUUCAUUCAGAUCUAUGUUAUUCACACAUAUAAAGGACAUGAGCUGACUAUUCUGACUGUCAUGGCCUAUGACAGAUUUGUUGCCAUUUGCCAGCCUUUACACUAUCACAGUAAAAUGAGUUUUAGGACGGUGAUACAGCUUCUGAUUUUUGCUGUGCUCUACCCUGUGUUUAUUUUCAGCUUCUUUUUCAGUCAGUCCAGCCAUUUGCCUCUGUGUGAUAAUAAACUGCACAGACUUUUUUGUACCUUCUUAUCUGUGAUUCAGCUCUCAUGUGUGGAAACAACUUUGAACAGUAUAACAAGUCAGUUUAUCGCUGUAGCAACCAUCUUUAUCCCCCUGACGUUUGUCCUGUACACCUACCUGCGCAUUCUGCUCGUCUGCAGGAGGAGCUUGUCUGAGUUCAGAGGAAAGGCGUUACAGACCUGCCUCCCUCACAUCGUCACGUUUGUGAACUUUUGCAUCUCAAUAUUCUGUGAUGUUCCACUGACUUUUUAUAGGGCUAAUGAAAUUAGCACAUUUGUUAUUGUUGUUUUAUCUCUGGAGUUUUUGAUCAUUCCCCCCCUUAAUAACCCUCUGGUUUAUGGCUUGAAUCUGCCCCAGAUCAGAGGAGUGAUUUAUAGACGUGUGAGGAUACGCAUAAGGAAAACAUAA